AGCCACUUUCUUCAUCUAAAACAUACUGUAGAGAUUAUUCAUAGAUUUCGUGAACAAGCGAGAAACUUCCUUCUAGAAUGACUGAUUCCAUGGUUUAGCACUGGUUACAUGGUUUCACUGAUUCCAAGUUUUAUCAACUACCGCUAGGGAUGGCUGCGUCCUUUCCAACAGAUAGAUUGAGCCUGAUUGAAAAGAAAAUGGCUAACGCAGCGUCUGGCUAUAGGAGGCGGCCAACGGACGCAAAUUCAAAGUUGAGGCAAUUACUCUAUAGGGCACAGCAGCGGACAUAUCAGAACAAAGGUAUAUACUGUGUGUUCCGGGCCUUUACUGCUUCACUCGUCAAGAGCGAUAUCACGGUAGUUGAACUGCCUCUGGAGGAGACGACCGUUCCAAUUGAGCCAGGGGAGGAGCUGGCCAGCAGUGUGCUUGAUAUCACGUCGGAAAAGGGCCACCUCGAGUUCCCGGAUCCAGCGCGUCUUGCUAUGCCAACUUUGGUUGAAAACCAUCAUUUUUACACAGCUGUUGCUAAGUUUCGCGUCAACGAUUCACGCGAUUGGACCAGAGUUCCUGCAAAGAAGACCAAUUUAUCCUGCUGCUAUAAGGACUUGAGAGAGUGUGAACUGCCACCUUUCACGCGAAUCCGUGUCGCCAUCUUCAGGACCAUACUGAAAGAAUCUAAAACUAUCCAACCAAAUGAGGGUGGGACGGUCCGGUCGAGUGUAGAACCAAAGAUCAGCAUACACUUCCCAAAAGAUGCAUUCAAAGAACCCAAUGAGAUAACAAUUGCGGCUCGCAAGGUUGACGACAAACGCAUCGAGACCCUCAAGCAAUACGUAUCAGGAUGUGAGAACGUCAUUGCAGCAAGUGACAUAAUGCGUGUGGAAAACAUGAAUGGUAUCGAGAAGGCAGUCGUGUAUAACAUGCCAGCGGUAGACCGUCCAAAGAAAGGGAAAAGUGUGGGUAUUACCCCUGAUAUGCACACCUGGUUAGUCCAACAAUUACUUAACAAAGAUUGGAAGGUCUGCGAGGAUGAGGUAACAGAGUCAAGUGAAGAGGGGGUGGUAUCGGUCAAGAGCAGUAAACCGGUAGAAGGUAUGGUUAUGAUGAAAAUGAAGACCGACUCCAGCGCAAAAGAUGCGGAGUUCGCAGCCGGGAAACUGAACCAGCACCUGGACGAGCAUGUUGUCAGGUUCAUUCAGAAGCAGAAGAAGAAAGACAAAACAGAUAUUCUGACAGAUUGCGUCAGGACGGAGGAGAGCGACCAUAUUGUGUCAGAUAUGAGUAAACGUGGUUUUACUGAAGGGCAAGAACCAAGCCAUGAAAUGCUUGUCCGAGAGGGACAGGCAAUCACCAUGGAUCUGAAGGGAGACAUCCGCCGACUGGACUACGGCGACAAUCGGGCAGACGGCGCCAUUGACUUCGUUUACCAUUCCAAGUAUAGGUCUUGCCAGCGUCAGUUUUCAGUCGAACCCGUAAAUGAAUCCGGUCAGACCACACGUGACUUCUACUUUGGACACAACGAAUAUUACACGCAAAGUGAUGAGAGAGAAGCAAAGCCGAUCCAUCAAUUCGAAAUCAAAAUCCCAAAGACUGGUGUACACAAAAAACGCAAAGAGGGCAUUUCCCUCGCACACAAUAUUUUCAGACAGAUCUCGGGGAGUUUGAAAGAGUGGAAAAGCCUUGCAUCGGAAUUAAAGAUGGACAAAACCCAGAUCGCCAAGAUCCAAUGUGACAGCUCCGGGAAACCGUUGGAACAGGUGGUGUUCUCAGUGCUCUUUGAAUGGUUUAUGACCACACAAGUGCAAAAUAAGCUUGAAAACCUGUCCCAGGCCCUGAGGAGGCUCCAUAAGGAAGAACUCGCCAAAUUGGUUCCAGAUUCCAAUUUGAUGAAGUCCUUCUUCAUCGUGAGAGACGAGGCUCCUGAAAUACUGAGGAACUGGAAGACAAUGGGCCGCCAUCUUGAAGUUCGCAUGAGUGAUAUUGAAGCUAUUGAUAUUGAUGAAACAGGUGUCAAGGAUAAGGUUUUUCGUGUAUUAACCACUUGGAGUGCUCAAGCGAAAGAGGCCGCCACCAUAGACAAACUAAUAACGGUGAUGAGAAGGAUGGAGAUGAAUAAUACUGCCGAUAGAUUGAAAAUAUUCGCUGGGUAGUCAGUCCAGCCGGAACAACCAGGCAGCAGCGUGAUGGUGGUGAUAUAAGCCGAAAUAAUAUUGACUCCAAGGUGUUGCCAGCCAACCGCAAACGAUAGCAAGAAGGGAGCAGAGGGUAGAGCAAUCCUAGGUUUGGACAUUUCUCCAAAUUUUUGCGACUCUUGAGGUGUUGAUCCAUACACAUCGAUAGCUAAAAUCAUUCAAAUUUUGGUACAUCAGAUUUAGUCUCGGGAAAUACUUAGAAGCCGUUGGCGAACGCGGAAAACCGCGUGCAGUUCUCAGAUGCGUUGGAUAUAUUUGCACGCGUCCCAAUAACCGAGUCAAAAUAGCUAAAUCCAUUUUCCGAGUCACAUCUCUCUUGCCUGCUGAAAAUUCUAAAAUCGUUUAUCAAUAUCACAACCCCUUAUUGUACGUCGUAUGUUUUCAAGAUAUAAAAUUGUUUCCUAUUACAACGCCAGCAUAUUCUAGAUAACCCUAUUUCUAGUAUAAUCUAGAUAAUCCUAUAUCACUCGUGUUAAAAUAUUCUAGUUGACACUAUCAACUGAUGUGUUUGCAAUGAUGCGAACAGGGCCAUAGCUAGAGGGGAGCAAGGGGUAAAUGCCCCCAGAUGUCACAAGGAAGAUUGUUUUCACCAUGAUUUUGGCCGAAAGUGUUCAAAAUGUUUUUGUCAGCGGAGAAGAGCCUGGCGUGUUGUCGCUAUGUCUGUUCAGUGUCUUUCUCACUAUGUACAAGCGCGUCAUAAGCAGAGCCUGCUAUACCAACAAGAAGAACAUUCCAAUGGCCCAAUUCUUCGUUGUAUCUGGUGGACAAGUGCACAUUUUUACGUGGACAGAGUAUAGCCGAUUGAAAAAAUGGCCGAUUCGUAAUGAAUCACCCUGCAUGCAUAACGAAAUAAUAUGAUCAACCGACUAUAUACCUCCCGGAAAUAUAGCUUUGGUUGUUUGUACACAGUACUUCUGUCGUUAUUGAAAGACUCUGCUCUGUUGAACGAUGCUACAUGUACUCCGUGAACACCUCAGUUCAACGUAAUAGAAGCUUGAAGGGUUAACCAAUGGACAUGGAGGUACACACACUGUAUUGGUUACAUCACUGUGUACAAGCGCGAGCAGAGCCUGCUAUACUAACAGGAGUGCAUUCCUAUGGGCCAAUUCUUUGUUGUAUAUAUUGGUUAGUCAAGUCAGUGCACAUACCAAUGCCGACUGGUUAAAGCUCAUUGAAAAACAGCCGAUUUGCAUUGAAAUAUCCUUUUGUAACAAAAGAAUGUGAUCAAUGGACUCCAUUUUCGGCAGAUAUAGCAUGCUGGUUUGUACAAUAGGUAAGGUCACAGCCAGUGUUUAAGGAUCGCACCAACGCCUGAUCCUAACACCUAACACCCAAGAUCACACCAGUUGUGACCUAUCGACAGGAUCAAGUGUGAUCCUCUAGAUAACACUUGAUCUUGGUGUAAUCCUAGGUCACAGUCCGUGUUGGACUUUAGGAUCACACCAGGUGUCACACCGUAAACCCAGCUUGGUGUUGAAGAUCAGGAAUUGCCUGUACAUUUUACAUGCGGUGUAUUAACACUAAACCUCUUAGGGAUUAGUGAGAGCCAGAGGUCACAACUUCAGAUCAGUGGUAGCCAUCUUUGCCUAUGUUGUCAUUCACACACUCAAGAUGUUUUUCAUCCCAAAUGUUCAAUUUGUGGCGAAUAUGCAACAAGAAGGAGGUCCAAGACAUGAACGAUCGGCAUCAGUAAGUUCCGAACCUUGCAAUAUUCAUGUUAGACUCACCGAGGAUCAAUUAGGAGUGCUAACAGAAGACUUUCAUCAGUGGAGACAGGCAGCAGGUAGGCCUAAGAUGUUUUUCAUCCCAAAUGUUCACUCAGCACCUUAAACACCAACACCAUGUCUGACACCUAACACGGAACACCCAACACCUAACACCAAACUGACCCCAGGAUUAGAGGGGUCGGAUUAGGUGUAACCCCUGACACUGACACCUAACACUAGGUGUAACACUGGCUGUGACCUCACCUACUAUGUACAUGGCGUGUUUUACCGAACUUAACCCGCCAAAAGGACCAAAUAUCAGACCAGUGACGACCUCAUACCUUCGUCUUAUGAGUAGUCUUAUAAUAUUUUAUGUACAUGUAUAUCUUGUCAUAUUUUAUAUCAUAUUUUUUAUCAUUACAUGUUUAUAAAUCUGUACACAGCAAAAAUUGAAGCCAGUCAAAAGCACAGUAUUAUACAUUUAGGUGCCAUCAUGAUAAAACUACAUCAUAUAUAACACAAUGUGAUCUAUUAGUUUUUAUGAAUACAGUACCUACUUGUAUAAUUUGCCGCGGUCGGUAGGCCUAGUAAUUUUUCUAAGUCCAUAUUUAUACGGUUUAUAGAGUAGGAGUGAUGGUACCUAGAGAAACAGCCUUUCAUAAUAACAUGAUUCCCGGGACGAUCAGGUAUUAAAAAUUACAAGCCCUACCUGCCGCGGCAAAUUAUUCAGUACCUGUACUGUAAUGUUAUUCAAUAACGUUCGAAAUCAAUUGAAACUGUCUACUGGAACCAGAACGUCUCAUCCUUUUCAUUAUUUUCAUAUGCAUGUACUUUCAUUCUAUUUAUAAACUAGAUGAACAGCUAACAACUAGAAUCUAUUUUUAUCUGUUGCUGGCCAUACUUGUGUAGAUUUGUGUAAUAUCUG